CCCCCGCCGUGGAGCGGCAUGGGAACUUGGCACCCCCCCUCGGGCAGGCCAGCCCCAUCACCUCGGACGAGGAGUACCUGAGCCCCCUGGAAGAGUUCCCUGAGUCCGGCACCCCCCAGCACCGACCAGCCAUGAAGCUGCAGCCUAGAGCCGAGCAUGGGGCUGCCCACGGCUCCCCAGAGAGCACCUUCAAGGCUGCACCCACUUUUGAGGUGGCCCUGUCGGACCAGUCGGUGUUGGAGGGGCAGGAUGUCAGCAUGAGUGUCCGUGUCCGUGGGGAGCCCAAGCCCAUCAUUUACUGGGUGGGAAACGGCCAGCCGGUGAAGUAUGGCCGCCGGCACCACGCAGAGGAGGCAGAGGGGGCACGGGGGCUCUUCACGCUGCAUAUCCUGGCGGUGGAGCGUACCGACACUGGCUUCUACACCUGCAAGGCCGUCAACGAGUACGGCACCAAGCAGUGUGAGGGCAAGCUGGAGGUCAGAG